AUGAAACAAAUUCUCAGUGUUUUGAUCUUAUGCAUGGGAGUAUCAUGUGACCAGAUCUGGGUCAAUCAAGUUCCUGACUAUUCAUCUCUCAACUCCUGUGCGGAGCCACCUCUCAGUGGCAUUGUCAGAGGCCAGAAGUCUGGAUGUGGUGCCUUGACUUCGUACUCAUGCUUUUGCACGGCUAGUUCUUCGCACUUCGAAGGUCUCAUAUCAACAGCGGUGCUGAAUGCAUGUCCGGGGUCAACUGAAGAUGCAGACAGCGCCACUGAGGUCUUCUCCCUCUACUGCCAAAUUGGUCUCACUGCGACUACGACUAGCGAGCCUACAUCUUCAGAGACAUCUACCACUCCUGCCACAAGUUCGGCGUCAAAGACAAGUGCGCAGAGCACUACCAGUGGUCAACCGAACAUCCAAACAAUCACAGUCCCAUCCACACUGGUGAUACUUGUGACACCUCCAGCUACAACCUCAACAAGUACUGGGUCACAAUCAACAGCAGUAUCAUCUGAGUCGAAAACAGGAACAUCACUGAGUGGGAGCGUCCUCAAUAUCGUGAUCGUACUCGUGAUCGCUAUCGUGCUGUUGAGCAUUGCGCUAGCCUUUUUCUACUGGCGCUUUCGCAAACAGCGAACCGCACACUCUGUGCAACAACCAGCAGAGAAUUCUCAUGGCGCAUCUAGCUCUGUAUCGGCAAUCAGCCACAAGGCUCCUGCUCCUUAUUAUCCAGAGAAGGGGGAUGAAGGGAGUUUGAUCGAAUUGGACGAUAGACAUCCACACGAUGUCUACGAAAUUCAGUCGCGGAAAGAUACCACCGAGCUCCCCGUUGGCCCAAGACACGUGGCUGCCAUGGUCAAAGAACCACCAGUACACAAACGGGUCAAAUCACGAACUGUGCGUCACUCGGCUCAAGAGCUUCUCUAA